CCUCUCCUUUGGCCGAUGAAUGCAGACCCGCCGCCGCCACCCUGGGUUUGGAUGGUCCCCGGCUCGACCGGGCUGCUCCGGCUGGGCGCUGGGGUCGCGCCCCCGCCCGUGCUGCUCGCAGCGGCCCAGCCCCCCGCCGCUCCGCUGCUCCCGGGGCUGCCCGGCUGGCAAGCCCCCGGCGAGCCCCUGCUGCCGCUGGUGCCGCUGCCCUCUGGGCCAGACCACGCCGCCGCCGCCGCCACCACCGCCGCCGCCGCCGCGCACUGCUACCCACUGCUCCACGGGCAGUGGCUAUUCGGUGGCCCUUCUCCUUCCAUAGGACUGUCCCCCUCUUCCACUGUGGAGCUGGUGCCCAUUUUCCCACAUGUCUGCCCAUCUGCUCUCCCACCUCCUGUUGGGAAAGGUUGGAUAGACAAACGGAUACCCAAUUGUAAGAUCUUUUUAAAUAAUUCCUUUGCUCUGGACUCAACGUGGAUAUAUCCCGAGGAAUCAAGAUUGUUCCAUGGGUAUGAAAAGCCUCAUUUAUUGGCAAAUCAAGUAGCUGUGUCUCUGUCCAGGCCAGCGCCUGCCUCCAGGUCUCUUCCCACAGUGGUGUUAGCACCUCAGCCUAUACCAGGUGGUUGCCACAACAGCCUUAAGCCCGUCGGCAGCAGCCCCGCCAUCGCCAUCGCCGCCACUGCCGCAGCCAUGGUCUCCGUGGACGCUGAGGGACUCGGGGGCCCGUCCCCCUCCAGCGCGCAGCCCUGCCACUUCCUGACGCUGGCGCCCAUCAAAAUACCCCUGCGGACUCUCCCCUUCCCUGAGAAAAGCAGGGCCCGGGUCCGAGCGCCCCGCCCUCCUGCCCUGAUGCUGCGCGCGGAGAGGAAGAGCCCGGCCAGGGACGAAGGACACAAGGAGCCUCCGUCGAUCCUCGUGACAGGAGAGGACAGCGCGGCAAAAGGCAGCAGACCCGUGGCCUCCACUCCGGUGCCCGGCUCCCCCUGGUGCGUGGUCUGGACGGGCGAUGACCGCGUUUUCUUCUUCAACCCCACGAUGCAGCUGUCCGUGUGGGAGAAGCCCGAGGACCUGGAGCACCGCGGGGACCUCAACAGGAUCCUCGAGGACCCGCCGCACAAGCGCAAGCUGGAGGCCUCGGCCGCCGACCACAGCAACGGGGCGGGUUCCGAAGACGGCCGGGAAGACCCGAGCGUGAAAACCAAGAGGAACCGGACCGACGGCCACGUGAGCCCUGGCCCAGAGGAGGCGGAGAGAGAGGACAAGGGCGCCAGGACGCUGCCGCCCCAGAUCCUCCUGCCGCUGGAGGAGCGGGUGACCCACUUCCGAGACAUGCUGCUGGAGAGAGGGGUGUCAGCGUUUUCUACGUGGGAGAAAGAACUACAUAAGGUCGUGUUUGAUCCCCGCUACCUCCUGCUGAACUCUGAGGAACGGAAACAGAUAUUUGAACAGUUUGUCAAGACGAGGAUAAAAGAGGAAUACAAGGAAAAGAAAAGCAAAUUGCUGCUAGCCAAAGAAGAAUUCAGAAAACUUCUAGAGGAGUCGAAGGUGUCGCCCAGGACCACAUUUAAGGAGUUUGCCGAGAAGUAUGGCCGGGACCAGAGAUUUCGACUUGUUCAAAAAAGGAAGGACCAAGAGCACUUUUUCAACCAAUUCAUCCUUAUGCUUAAGAAACGGGACAAGGAAAACAGACUCAGGCUGCGGAAAAUGAGAUGA